CCCACCCUUCCCCCGCCGUGUGUCUCCUACCCCCCCCCUCAGGAACACAAGGCCAAGGUGACGGACGUGGAGAAGCAGGUGUCCCAGGCCAAGACCCGGUAUUCAGUGGCGCUGCGUAACCUGGAGCAGAUCAGCGAGCAGAUCCACGCCAGGAGGCUGACACGGCUGGUCUGUCGCCGAGCCUCCCCGGUGGGAGCCGAGGCUGCGCCGGCCUACCCCGAGAGGGAGCAGCAGCUGGUGGUGGGCAAGGCCUCGGCCUACCCGUUGCCGGGGGAGCAGGAGGAGGAGGAGGAGGAGGAGAAGGGGCUGCAGGCCCUACCCCAGCCCCCGCCCCAGGCCCCGGACAACCUGUCGGUGCUGAGCUUCCAGACCAUCGCCUCGGACCUGCAGAAGUUCGACUCCGUGGAGCACCUGGGCGAGCUGUCGGACGCCCUGAGCCUGGACAGUGACGACGUGAGCCUGGAGGCCGGGAGGCCACGCAGGGGCUCCUUCCCCUUCAAGCACCACCGCAGCAUCAGCCUGUAGGGGUGUGGAGGGGAGAGAGAGAGAGAGAGGCCUGCCUCAGGGGGAACCCCCCUCCCCACCCAUGGGGCGAGGAGAUGGGUGGAAGUGGGAAUGUGGAGGCUCCAUCGUACAAUUCUUUAUUAGGCCUUUGUAGAUACUGGCCCCAUCUUGGUCAGAGUGGGGAGAUGAGUGGGGGUGGAGGGGGAUAGUGGGGGAAUCUAUCCCUCCCCCCCCCACCCCCGCACAUCCCAGCUCGACUCUGCUAUCCCCACCACUCAGUCCCUCCUCCCCCACACCCCCCCACCAAAGGUACUCAGCUCUGUAUCAUAGACACGGGACGCCACCCCCACCCAGGUACAAUCUAAAAGGCGAAGGUUGGCAUCGUGGGCUUGGGGACCCUACCCACGCUGGGGGUGGGGGGGGGGGGUUGGGGUGGACGCGGGGUGGGUUGCUGGGGUGGUGGGGGUGUAGACGGGGUUCACUGCUGGCCUGGCCCCUCCCCGCGACCACCACCCCAUCACCCCCAACGUAAACGGCGAGGAACUCUCCAGGGGGUUACAGGGGAUGACGGUUAGUUGUCCUGUUGGGGAUAAGCACCGACACUGUCCUCUGCGUCCUCUUGGUGGGCCAUUCCCGUCCCAGUCAGCAGGCAGCGUGUCCUAGUGGGUUCACCACCCUCCUCUCCCAGCCUGCAGGAUCGCUGCCAACAGCCCUGGUCCACUUGGGGCAAACCGGGAGGUCUGAGCGUUCGCAAAGUGAGGGCCCCUCGCCCCUCGCAGAAUAAACACGUGGUCUGUCCAGUUAGGGACUGAUCCACGCUCUGCUGAGGAAAGGAAAGGUACUACUGCAUAUAUCAUUAGCCAGUGAGCUAUCCAUAGACUGCUGAAUAAACAUUGUACUUUGCACAGUUAGGGAGUAAUUUAGUCCCCACUGAGUUCAUGGUGGGCAGAGGGUCUCGGUAAAAUAUUGCCUCCAGUAACUCCAGCUCUUUAGUAUCCAGUGGGUCAGACACUGUCCUUCCCCCCCACCCCCCUCCCUCUGGGACUGGGUGGGACAGUGGGUCAGACACUGUCCU